GGGUCACUGUUUGGAAGAGUUUGUCCGGUUCUCACGUGAAACUAUGCUGCACAUGAUCGAUCACUCAUUUUGAAAGUGGUGCGAAGAAUCCAGCGUCCCACUUGCAGGAUGACCCUUAACACAAACUACAGGCAUUCUCUGAUUCGGCAGUCCCCAAAAUUGCUACAUUUAAUGGAGGUUAUCAAACGCUGGGGAGUGGGUACUCCUUUCUGAAUUCACUGCGUAGUGUACGGACCCUAGAUAUCAUGGUAUCAUUGAAGCGAUGUCACAGGUGAAAACAUCCGAUCAAUGUUUCUUCGCGCCAAAACCAGAGGCCUUGCUCACUUUCGAGUCAUUUGGUUGUGAGAGGAGCAAACCUAUGCGUAAAUUUUUCACUCGCUCACCAAUGAAGCAGAAGCGCCUCUUGGGGGCAGUGUUUGACGACAGGGUAUACCUGAAGCGAUUACUCGUCAAUGAGUGCGGGACCAUGAGUGUUCAUUCCAACAUGUUCACUGAUGACGCAAUAUUCCAUUCGCACGGAACUGAGAAGCUGCCUUGCUCGGCAAUGUCUAAUCCACGAGGAUACUGAGAAUCACGUAUUGCACAAAGCGCGAAGCUCAAUGAUUUGAAAAAAUGAAUGGCAAAUCGUGGGACCACAACACACGCAUAUGAACGUAUGCGGAAAAUGUUCUCUAAAACGCAUCGUAAUUUCCGGAAGGAUCCAUUCAGCAGAGUUUGGCUUCAGUUUAUUCUGGCUUCGUUGAAUGAUACAAGUGAGAAAGUGCGGAAACUAGCAAAAGAUGAAUUAUCGCGCAUUACUGAGGGGUACGAGGUCAGCGUGCGCCACAAUAGAUGGGACUUACUCCAAGCUGUAACCGGCGGAACGGUGACCAAAAUCCGGGGCGUGCAGCGUGAUGAGAAAGAACAGACCGCGAAUACUGUCCUGAAUUAUUUAUGGAAGAUGUACGUGAGCUCUCAAUACGACCAGGCAGCCCAACUGGCGGUCCAAAUUCUGUGCGCGGUAGACGACUGGCCAGGUUUGAAGCCGGUGGCCUUAAAAUGGCGAGUUCAGGCCGAUCUUUGUCACAUCAUCGGUCUCUGCCUUGACGGUUUGAGGCAGUACAAGGCCGCUCUCCACUUUUUCCGGAUGGACGGACGCCUGGCAGAGCAUGCAGACAUACUGCCUGCGAAAAAGCGUGCAUUGGACAAUAUCGGCAGGAUGCUCGCGGUGCUCGGGCAUUAUAAAGAAGCCAUCGCUUGCUGGUCAGAACGCAUGAAAACCAAGAUGUAUGGAGAAGAACUGGCCUGGCUUCUUUACCAACUCGCUUUGUGUCACACCAUGUUGGACGACUUCAAGGAGGCUGAAAGAUAUUGCGUGAAUUGUACCAUUGUGGCAGAGUCUGUCAGUUGCAUACACUGGGCGCUCAGCGGCCAGCUGUUACGAGCGACAGUUUGCGCACUAUGCGCUUGUCGAGAUCCAUCUCAGGCUCAGAUGUUGCAAACAAGCUUGGUAUCGCUAGACGCUGCUCAUAAACUUGCCAUUAAAACAAAAAGAAGUUGUGUGGUGAAUGCCGUGCUCGGUAUCCUGCGCACUGUCCAUGGAAUGUUUCCUACGAACAUGGAUGCUGGCCUUCUGAAAAGAUGUUGGUCAUCUACUCUAUUAGAACUGUUGAGAGAAGACACAAACAACCGUACCAACUUUAACCUCAAAGCAUUGCGAGACUUGCUUGUACAAGUUCGGAAAACUUCCACCACGCGAAACUGACAGAUUGCGAAAAUGGAUCAGAGGCCGUAGAUGCGAGAGGUUCACACGGUCGUUCACCACAUAGUUUGAGAGAAGAAGAGCAUUGGAACUAUCAUACACUUUGAAACAUGUAACUGAUGUACACUUCUGAAUGCUUUUCAAAUGAAGCAGAAGCUUGAGAACACGAGUGUUUCAUUCUCAAUGCGACUGUUAUUAUGGUGAAACACAGGAACUUCG